GUGCCUCACAUGGAAUGGAUGGUCCCUAUAUUCAUUAACUCGAAUCUGGAUGAUGCAGUCACUCGUGUAGUUCUUCUGAUGGCUUCCAACGCAGUCCGAGUGUUAUCUUUUUGCUUUGAACUCCUUUUUCUCAUCCUUCAACUCCCUUUCUCUUCUGUGCUACAACCUGGCACGACCCAUGGAUUCUCAAUCCAAGAAGCAACUGUUUACGAUCUCCAACUUGCUUUCCACAAAAACCAAUUAAGCUCUAAGCAACUUGUUGAAUUCUACCACAAGCAAAUAGAAAUCCAAAACCCUGUUCUGAGAGGGGUGUUGGAGUUAAACCCAGAUGCUCUCGCACAGGCAGACAAAGCGGACCAGGAGAGAAAGACCAAGGCACCAGGGUCUCUUUCAGCACUGCAUGGAAUACCCAUUUUGGUUAAGGAUAACACUGCAACUAAGGAUAAGAUGAACACCACUGCAGGUUCUUUUGCUCUUCUGGGCUCUGUGGUGCGUAGAGAUGCAGGUGUAGUCACUAGGUUAAGAAAAGCUGGGGCUAUCAUUUUAGGGAAGGCCACACUCAGUGAGUGGUCACAUUACAGGUCAGUUGAUGCACCCAAUGGUUGGAGUGCCAGGGGAGGAUAUGGAAAGAAUCCAUACACAAUGGAUGAUCCCUGUGGAUCCAGCAGUGGAUCUGCAAUAUCAGUAGCAGCCAAUUUGGUGGCAGUUUCGCUUGGUACAGAAACAGAUGGAUCUAUUUUAUGCCCUUCAGAUUCUAACUCAGUAGUUGGUAUAAAACCAACAGUAGGACUCACCAGCAGAGCAGGGGUAGUUCCAAUCAGCCCAAGACAAGACACUGUUGGACCAAUAUGCAGGACUGUAGCAGAUGCUGCUCUUGUUCUUGAAACCAUUGUAGGAAUUGACACCAAUGAUAAAGCAACAAUCAAAGCAUCAAAGUAUAUCCCAAAAGGAGGCUAUGCUCAAUUUCUAAGGAAAGAUGGACUACAAGGAAAGAGACUGGGAGUGAUGAGAAAUUUCUAUGAUUAUGGAAAAGAUACUUUUCAGCACGAAACAUUUAAGCUACACCUGAAUACAUUAAGGGAAAAAGGAGCAAUUUUGGUUGACAAUGUGGAGAUAGAAAACAUUGAUGAAGUUUAUAGCGGUCCAAGUGAAGGUAUUGCUUUGGCAUUUGAAUUCAAAUAUUCCUUGAACGCAUACCUCAAAGAUUUAGUUGCUUCCCCGGUGAGAAGCUUGGCCGAUGUGAUAGCCUUCAACAAUAAACACCCAAAACUGGAGAAAGUUAAGGAGUAUGGACAAGAUCUCUUGGUGCAUGGUCAGAAUACAAAUGGAACUGGGACACUGGAACAAGCAUUAUUAAACUUGACAAAAUUGUCAAAAGAUGGGUUUGAGAAAGCAGUGAUAAGAAAUAAACUUGAUGCGGUUGUUGUACCUGGUGCAAUCUUUAGUUCUGUACUUGCUAUUGGAGGUUAUCCUGGAAUAACUGUUCCAGCAGGAUAUGAAAAGGGUAGGCCAUUUGGAAUUUGCUUUGGAGGUUUGAGAGGCUCUGAGCCAAAGCUCAUCCAAAUUGCCUAUUCCUUUGAGCAAGCAACCAUAAUCAGGAAGCCUCCUCCUUUUCGAAAGUUAUAAGCAAUGUUUUAUCAUUCAUGUUAUCAUUUAUUUAUGGAUUGUAAAAUUAAAGAAUGGGAUUCCUAUAGUAGUUUGAAACUUAUCUAUGACUGUAAUAUUUAUGUAU